UGAGGGGUCCUUGGCCUACGUAUAGGCCAAGUGCUUCGGCAUAAGAAUGUGUUCCCCCCUUCCUUCCCCAACAGCCGAGCCCCAAGCAACCGGAUGCGAGGUGGAUAUAGCUCGGCCCUUUCUGCUUGGAGAGAUUGUCCUUACAAGCAAGCCAAGGACCAACGACGGGUAUGCUUCUUCGUAGGGUAAAGCCGAUUUCCCCUCUCGGUUGGUACUUUGCAUUUUUCUUCAAGGCCAUGGAUCUCGCUGCACCACUAGCCAAAAAUGAAAACAAUAGGGCGGCUCCCUCUUCUGACAAACGAAAGGAUGUCAGUGGUGGACAGUCUGAGUCAACGACGAGGGCACCGGCGACCUCGAUGAAUGCAAAGGCGGGAAAGAAGAAGUCUGGGACGAAAAUCAGGGGGCGGGCGUUGGCUCUUGUAAGUGGUGGACAGUCUGAGUCAACACCGAGGCCAAGGGCGACCUCUAUGAAUGCAAAGGCGGGAAAGAAGAAGUCUGGGACGAAAAUCAGGGGGCGGGCGUUGGCUCUUGCAAGUCCGUAUCUCGUCUCAUCCCAAGGUUACGAUCUAUGGAAGAAGAUGAUGAAGGAGGAGAGCGGUGUUGUGAUGGCGCUGCACGCCUAUGGCUGGUUGGUGGACUGAGACCGGACCAAUCGCAACAAAUUUGGCCGAAGUGGCUGCAAGGGAGGAGGGCCAGCAUCCUACGAAUACGGUGGCAGUUCCACUGCCGCCAUCGCCGCCAUCACCACCUCUGCCAACACCACCGCCAUCAUCAUCACCACGACUGCCCCCUGCCCUAUCACCACCACCCUCCCCACCACCUUCAGCACCACUAUCGCAGCCGCCGUCGCUGCCAGCAUCAUCGUCAUCAACCUCAACAUCACCAUCACCAUCAUCACAUUCAUGGUCGGAUCAGCUACGACAAAGGCCCAGUCGGCGGACGCGUAUGACAUUGGACCAACCAUUGCAGAUGCCUCUUCGGCGGGUCCAUUCUCCGUCUCCACCGCCGUCCCCAAGACAGCGGCCUCGUCUAGCCUUACUGCUGCGGCUAUUGUGCCUGCUGCUGCUAUUGUGCCUGCUGCUGCUAUUGCGACUGCUGGUGCUAUUGCUAUUGCUGCUGCUAUUGCUACUGCUGCUGCUAUUGUUACUGCUGCUGCUAUUGUGUCUACUGCUGCUCCUUCUACGGCUGCUGCUACUACUGCUGCUGCUUCUGCUACUACUGCUGUUGCUACUGCUGCUGCUGCUGUUGUUGUUGCUGCUGCUGCUGUUGCUGUUGCUGCUGCUGCUGCUGCUGCUGCUGCUGUUGCUGCUUCUGCUGCUAUUGCUGCCGCUGCUGCUGCUGCUGCUGCUGCUGCUGAUGAUGAUGAUGAUGAUGUUGUUGAUGUUGUUGUUGCUACUACUGCUGUUACUGCUGCUGCUAUUGCUGCUGCUACUGCUAUUGCACCUGAGAUUGACGACUUCCGAGACUAUGGGGAAGAGACAGAGCAGCAUAGGGCCAGUGAACCUUCGGAUGGGGGAGUCGUGGCUCCUAUCAAAGAGAAAGCUAGGGGGACCGAGAAGCAGAAGGUAGACUCGCUGUACUGCAGUGAAUCUGUUGUCCUUGUGUUGACUCAAGACUAUAGGCAUUUUGUGAGCAUCUCCAUACCAGAGUGUAAACUGAAGAUCUUGAGGAACAUCACCCCUCCUAUGUCCGCUCCUGCAACUGCCACGACAGGCUUCCCGCGGGCUGCGAGGAGUAAUUGGACUGUAGCUAAUGACACUGUCUGCGAUCGGAUUGAGAGGUUUCUAGAGUUCCAAAUGAACCAGUUUUCUUCAUCGGGCUCCCGAUUUACGCAAACAUACCGUGUCCCUGGUAAGAUCGAAGGCAAUCGCUGGGAGCAUAUCUUUUACCGGGCCGACAUAUAUGACACUUCAGUUGCCUCCAUCUUCUUCAUCGAGAGAGGUAAUCUCAAAGCUGCCACUGACCUUGUAGAUGCCAUCUGCAACGCCAUGCUCCAUGAUCCUGUUGGCGAUGGCAGGGUCAUCGCCGCCACGCACGCAAAUGCCCACCUCCUUGCGAACGACUGGAGUUUCACGACGAGCACCUUUCCUGGAGCCGGGGCUGCUGAUGUUGGCAACUUGUCCUGGGCAGGGAUCGCAAUGACUCGCCUCCACAAUGCACUUACUUCCCAGGAUUGUAAUUAUGGAUCCAAGUACCUUGACUAUGCCAUCACCGCCGGUAACUGGAUAAGGUCUAAUACGCACGUAGAUGACAAGCUCGGGGGGUUUUCAGGAGGCUACGAAGAUGGAGGGGCAAAGCGUGGUUGGCGCUCUGUCGAGCACAAUACCGAUGUGUUUGUGUUCUUCACAAACCUGUUCAAUCUCACGGGGGAUAGCAAGUGGAAGAAGGGUGCACAGUCUGCAGCAAAGUUUGUCCACGCAUGCAGGCUAGGUGAUGAAUGGGGGUUGCGCUACUGUGCAGGCACACGUGGUUACUCCCAGAACCUCAACGUGUUUGUGGUCCCUACCGACUGCCAGACCUGGACAUCGCUGGCUUCCGUUGACCCGGCUUCAAACUCUGGUUGUUUGCAAUUCAUGCUCAAGCACAUGAGGACUCAGAGCGCAGGGUUUGCCGGCGUUCUGUUCAGCAGAACGGGAAGAGAAGUGCAGAAUGAGAAUACUGCCAGUGCGGCAAUGGCGCUGUUUCUGAACGACCAGUCCGAAGAGGCGCAGACACUGUAUGACAGCUUGGAGAGACAGAUUGCAAGCGCUCCAAACUCCGACGGAUUCGGCAUUGUGGCCACCCCAGCCGCAGAGUGUUUCACUGGUGAUGACCUGGGAUGGAGCUAUUUCAACUGGCCCCAUACAGCUGCAUCGGCAUGGACAGGUCUGGCAUUCCUCGUCAAGGAAGGGAAGUUCUCUGCGAACCCAUUCGCGACUAUAGGAUAAAAUAUCCUACCCCUUAAGCAGCAUUGGCCAUGUGGGAGAGGACGGUUGGCCGCUGCGUGCCGAAAUGAGGUGCAAAAACGCGCGCAGGCCAUCGGAUGUGGCGGAUCCACGGCCGGCGCGUGUGCAGAACCAGUUGUCCACCCGUUUGUUCGCAGUGCACUCAAGAAUGCGAGAGAGGCACGAAGGGAGAUGAGCCGCAAAGUGCUAUGACGGACGUGGAUGCGUGCGAUUAUCUCGAAGGGCCCACCGUCCUAUAGCAAAAUGUGUCAUUUUGCUGUGGACCUGUAGUCGUUUCAAGGACUUUGUGCUUUUGUUCAGGCCGGCAGCGUGCAUCGUUUUGUGCUGUUGGUUUUUUUUUUUUUUUUCUUCUGGGCUCACCCUGCAGUGUGUGUUUGUAUUAUUUUGUACUGCCAUUUUUUGGGGGGGUGUUCACCCCGCAGUGUGCCUUGUUUUGUGUCCCAAAAAGAACAAAGGCGCCUCAAAAGAAUGAAAACACAAAUUCCUUCGUGCCCCAAAUAGAACCGAAAAAUGUCAACUCUUGCCCAGCCUCCCUAUCCAUGCUGGUUUGUUUUUUUUUCGGGUUCACCCCCUGCAGUGUGUUGCGCGCGUUGUUUUGUGCCGCUUUUUUGGGGGGGAGAGGGGGCCGCCUUGCAGCAUGCGUCAUUUUGUGCCCCAACAAGAGUGAAGUUGCCCCAAGAGAAUGGAAAGAUGAAUCGCUGUGUGUGGCUCGUCGCCCCCAAGCCAAAAAAGGACAAUUUUUGCCCUGCUACCUAUCGACACACUAAUAUUUUGAAGUUCACUGUUAAUGGUUGUAUUUGGGGUUCGAGCCCACACACAAAUUUGAGAUACUCAAUUAUCUGACAAGAUAACUGUUGAGGUAGAUUGGGUCCCUGUUUGAUUUUGGGGACUGUUUUUUUUAAUCAAGCGAAUCCCGUGUC